AUGGAUAGAAUCAUUAGACCAAUAGUCAAUAAGAGACUCAUUCAAACAGUUCUCAAUACCACUACUACUACUACACCUCGUUACUUUAGCAACUAUAGUUGGUCAUCGUUAUCAUCAACUUCAUUGCUGCUUGUUGGUCAUCAUCACAACCAAAAUGUCACAUUCAACAAUAACAAAGAUAUCAAUGUGAUCACUCGAACAUACGCAUCAAACAACAACAACAACAACAACAAAGAUGUCAAAUCAACAACAACAGACAAUGCAGCAGCAGCACCAAAGUUGGCACAGUCAAAGCCAAUGAAUAGACGCGAACGAAGAUCAAUGGAGCAAAAGUUGAACAGGAGUUUGAACAAUUUGAUCGCCCCUGGUGUUGUUUCGCCACGCUACGACGUGCCCGACCACAUACCCAAGCCAUACUAUGCAAUGGGCCAGGAGAUCAAGGAGUUUGCAAUGGACGAUGACAUUCCAAUCAACACCGCCGAGGACAUUGCCGCGAUGCGUCAGUCGUGCCAUCUGGCACGCGACAUCCUGCAGUAUGCCGGCCAGUUAGUGCGCGUUGGCGUCACUACGGAUGAGAUCGACCGUCAGGUGUUUGCAGAGAUCGUUCGUCGCGGCGCAUAUCCAUCACCACUGGGCUACAAGAACUUCCCCAAGUCAAUAUGCACGUCAGUGAACGAAGUGCUGUGUCAUGGCAUACCGGACAGUCGGCCAUUGGCUGAUGGAGACAUCAUCAACAUCGACGUCACCGUAUUCUACAAAGGUUAUCAUGGCGAUACUUCGGCCACAUUCACCGUUGGACAGAUCGACAAGGCUGCUUCCAAACUGCUUGAAGUCACAAAAAUGGCCUUGGAGGCUGGAAUCAAUGCUGUCAAACCUGGCAAACCGUUCAGUGACAUUGGACAAUCGAUUCAGGCCGUGGCACACAAACAUUCAUACAGUAUACCAAUUGAGUUUGUAGCGCAUGGUAUUGGCAAAGAGUUCCACGCACCACCAUUCAUCUUCCAAUGCGUCAAUGAGUUGGACUAUGUCAUUCAGAAGGAUAUGAUAUUUACAAUUGAACCUAUACUUGUGGAGGGUACACAACCUUAUACAGAGUGGAAGAUGUGGGAUGAUGAAUGGACAAUAACAUCAAAGAAUGGAGGAUGGGCAGCUCAAUUCGAACAUACUGUACUAGUGACAGAUGAUGGUGCUGAAAUAUUGACAAAGUAA